AUGUUUGUCGAUUUGCGCAUGGUACUUCUCGUAUGUCGACCUUUCUUUCUUCUGCGAUUGUGUUCCUGAUCUUUCGUUUCCUUGUUUAGAAAGAUGGCAGACAACAAGCUUUACGAUAUUCUAGGUGUAAACAGAAAUGCAAGUGAAAAUGAGAUCAAAAAGCAAUAUAGAAAGCUAGCAAAAGAAUUCCACCCCGAUAAAAAUCCUGAUGCUGGCGAUAAAUUCAAAGAAAUUUCCUUCGCCUACGAAGUACUUUCUGACCCGAAAAAACGUGCAACUUAUGAUAGAUAUGGUCUCCAAGGGAUGCAGGAAGGAGCCCAAGAUGGUGGAGAGGACUUUCUAUCCCAUAUAUUCGGUGGAGGACUUUUUGGAGGAUUUAGUCCCUUUGGUGGACCAAUGGGGGGAAUGAGACAGCGUAGACAGCGGACAGAAGAUACAGUCCACCCAUUGAAAGUUUCUCUUGAGGACUUGUACAAUGGAAAAACAAGUAAACUCCAACUGAAUAAGAAUGUCAUCUGUAAAAAGUGCAGUGGCAAGGGCAGCAAAAAUGGAAAUGUUGUCAGAUGUCAUACAUGCAGAGGUUGUGGUAUUAAGACCACAAUCCGUCAUCUUGGUCCUGGUUUUGCACAACAGUCGCAAUCCACUUGUACUGAUUGUAAUGGUACUGGGGAGUACAUAAAAGACAAUGAUCGCUGUGGUACCUGCAAAGGAAAGAAAGUAACCAGUGAAACAAAAAUACUUGAAGUCCACAUUGAUAAAGGUAUGAAAGAAAAUCAGAAGAUUUUCUUCCGAGGGGAAGGUGACCAGAUGCCAGACGUUGAACCCGGUGAUGUUGUAAUCGUCCUCCAGCAAAAACCCCAUGAAACAUUUGUUAGGGAUGGAGAUAAUUUAAGAAUGGAACACACUGUCACACUGACUGAAGCACUGUGUGGUUUCAGCUUUGUGGUGAAACAUUUAGAUGGUCGUGAUUUGAUUGUCAAUCAUCCUGUUGGUUCAGUAUUAAAGCCUGGCGAUAUCAAGACUGUUGAAAAUGAGGGAAUGCCUCAAUAUAAGAAUCCAUUCCAAAAGGGAAAUCUGAACAUAAUGUUUAAAGUAACAUUCCCUGAAAAUCACUUUGCUGAUGAGCAAGGCUAUGCCCUUCUGGAGAAAUACCUCCCACCCAGGCCUGUGUUCAAUAUGCCAAUUGGCGAGCAUGUUGAAGAGGUUGACUUAAACGAUUAUGAUCCUAAUGAUCGCAGGAACAAUUUCAGUCAUCGUGGGGAAUCAUAUGCUAGCGACGAUGAAGAGGCACAUGGUCCAGGUAUUCAGUGUGCGCAACAAUAAAUCAUUAGUUUACCAAAAGUUGUCCUGCUACUUUCUAAAUAAGGAUCAAAUGAUUUAGACAAUUAUAUUCGAUUUAUUGUAAUCAUGUACCGCAAAAGACCCAGAGGUUUGGACUACAUAAAUAUUUCAGUUAGUUGAAGAUCGUGUAUUUUUGCCUAUUCCUGAUAGAAAAUACUCCUUCACAUUUUCAUACAAUUAUGGAGCUCGUUAUUCUAAAACUCGAUACACUUGCUGUAGUUCUAAUCUCUACCCAUGAUUGUGAUAAAUAUACAUUUCAGAAGUGAUAAAUAUUUUUAUCUACAAUAUGUUUUUUUUUCUUUUACAAUGAAUGGUUUUAUUUUUACUGGACAUGAAAUUAUUCCGAAAAACUGGAUAACAAUCUUAAUAUCUUAGGUUAUAUGAUGACAUUAAUUUAUGUGGUUCUGAUUUUGCAGAACAAUCUGUUGAUAGUGUUGAAUAAACAUUCUUGGAAACGAUAAAA